AUAAUUUUAUAGACUCAGUAUACCAACACGACAUAAUGAGAGCUACAGAAAACCUACCAGCAUGUGGUGAACAGAAAUGCUGUGCUUCUCCUGACCUCUUCUCUUCCCAGGACGUAACCAGCCCCGCUCCGCCUUCACCGAUUCUCCAGAGUGGAUCCUCCCACGAGGGGAAGCACCAGAGGGCGUGCGACACGCCUCACCGCCGUGAUUACCACACACUAAGGGAAAGUCAGGCCAACGCUAAACCUCCCCAGCAAGAUGAGAGCAGACCCAGCACCCUGAACGAUGAUCACCUUCGUCCAGAUUCCACAGACACAACAAAUGAGUCAAAUUUAAGAUUCUCACCCAAAAUAUCUCUCACUUGUACUGAGGACUCGUACCUGGCCGGGGUGACUGGAAUGGUGCGGGUGAGUACCGUUGAGGGCGAGAUGGUGCUUAACCCCAGCAGCUGGAAACUGGCCCACACCUUCACCGAUCUGCUGGGACGCAAGGCCCAGCUCGUCUCCAGUGACCUCUUGGACCCAGGAGUCAACGACAUCGGCCGCCCUCAUCGCGUGGUCACGUCAGAGGAACUUGUCCAGCUCAUUUCUCACGCCUCUACUUGAACACCCAUCCACACCUCCACAUACACCCACCCAUACCUUCACAUAUCACCCACCCCACCACGUACCACCCACCCACACCUCUACAUAUCACCCAAUUCCCAGCUUCACAUACCACCCACCCACACAUUCACACACCAGCUUCCCACACCUCCGCAGGCCAUCCACCCACAGCACACAUGCCUGUAACUCCACGUGCUGUGUCACACAGCCUGUGUGGGCUGCCACCUAACAGGUGAAUGACCCACACCUCCAAGUAAACAACCACACUUCAAACCUGAACACCCACCUGUUCCCCCACAUGCUGCAUGUUUGCCAUCUUGUGCGGGCCCAAACCUCUUAUACCGCUUGAUGAAUGGCCUGUAGACCUACUUACUGUACACCUCAUCCGGAACACUAACCAAUACCUCCAAGGGUUCUAUGUUAACUACGCUAACUGAGCCAGCCUAUCUGCUUGCCAUGAUCCACAGUCAUGAGAAUUGGCCAUGAGGACCAUGAGAACUGUAGUUGAUAGACGACACUAAUACGUGUCGUCUGUCAACACAACAAUACGUCUAUCGACACCAGUACACAGGUUAUCAUAUACUGCAUCAGUCUGCCUACACAGAUACACAGCAAUAGCCCAAAAAUAGGUGAGCAUAUGCUGCAGCAAUAGGUCUGCAUAGUAACAAGCUGGUUACCUUUAUACAAUUUUAUCUUUCCUUAGAGCGAAUUCCAAUAAUAUAUUUUAUCAGGAUAUUCAUGUGAUAUUCCUUUCGUUGGAGAAUUACUAGUGACAUAGUUAUCAAAUAAUUUAUAAUUUUCUCGUGGAAUUUAUAUUUGCACACGGAUUUAGGCUUAAUUUGUCACAAAAUUCAUCUUUACAUAAACAUUGGUGAGAAUAUUUCAGUUGGUGAUACAUAAUUUAUUAUCUCGAGUGUCUGACGUAGCCUAGGUAUGCAAACAAUUUGUAUAAAUUCUUAUUCAAGUUCAAGUAUGUUUAUUGAGAUAAGAAAGAAAUACAUCUCAAAGGGUUAGAGUAGCUUAGGCUAUUUCUACCCCCCUUAAUUCUUAUUUACUUGAGCUCAAAGUUGUUAGCUUUUUUUUGUUUUUGUGAUUCAAACUGUUUUUAGCUUUUUUUUUGUUUUUGUUUUUGUGAUUCAAACUGUUUUUAAUAUUACCUUUGCUUAUUUACUUAAUCUUG